GCUCAACACUGCUGAUAUUUCAGAAAUUUUACACGCGAUCACGUAUGCAUACAUAAUAUUGGUGUUUCAAAUGAGGACUUAUUGCCAAAAAAAUGCUUCGGAAUGCGCUUUACUGACAGCUCACUUGAAAUUGAUAAAACGACCAAUUGAGUGCUCUUUGUACCGAUUUUUUCCUUUUACACGCAGUAUGUAGCGCCAUCUGCAACAGGCGAUAGCAAGAAUAUAAUGCCCGCUUCUUCAGCGAAAAGUAUUGAAUCGAUGACGUCACAAAAGACGAGACAGUGGAAGGAGGUGGACGAGCGGGUAGUAGUGGACGGUUCGCGGCGCGUUGAAAAAUGUCCAAUUACAUUAAUUUAUCGUCGGCGUAAAUAGUAGUGACUUGUACGUGUUUCUCGUGCUCCGAGUGUUCCGGUUGUUUUCCACUACGGUAUUCUUCUCAACAAAACACUUUCUUUCGUCGCUUUAACAGCACGUGGGGAGCGGGAAUAUUACAAUUGCGAUAGUACAGUGUUAUAGAGCGAGACGAUCCUUUAUUCGGCUUGAAGAACGUGAUAACGCGAGUGGUGUCAAAAAACAUAAGACACGGAAAAUUCAUGAUUUUGGCAUAGCUGAAAUCGAACACAAAACAAGAACGAAGAAUAACGAGGUUCUCAGAGUUCAAAGGUCGUCGCGACAUUCAAGAUGAUCCGAUAGGGGAGCUCGAAAAUAAUCACAUUUGAAAAAAAACCGGGAAAGUUGGCUCUCCUUGGAAAGGAAAUAGCGAGAGGCGCAGGCAGGCGCGCCGAUUGGAAAAGGUUGAACACAAACGAUGGAACGAGUGACGGAGGAAUGAUAGAAUGCAAGAGGGUAGCACCGCCGUGGCGCUAGCGAUGGUGACUCCUGGCUACGAUCAGGACCCUGCGAGUGGGGUUGCCGACUACACGACGCAUCAGGAUCAAGCACAAUUCGAAGCUGACAAGCGAGCCGUUUACAAGCACCCGCUGUUCCCGCUGCUGGCGUUACUUUUCGAAAGAUGCGAGCUCGCGACCCAGAGCUCGGACAAUUCAAUGUCCGAAAGCUUCAAUAUGGAUAUACAAGCUUUCGUCCAGCAUCAAGAAAGAGACCGAAAGCCUUUUCUGAUCAAUGACCCAGAGAUUGACGGCUUGAUGAUCAAGGCGAUACAGGUGUUGCGCAUACAUCUGUUAGAAUUGGAAAAAGUCCAGGAAUUGUGCAAGGACUUUUGCAACAGGUACAUUGGUUGCUUGAAAGGGAAGAUGCAGAGCGAGAAUCUAUUGCGAAGCGAUUACAGUCAUCACGGGCACGACAUGGGCCCGUCAAGUGGGAGCAAUGGGAGCAGUCCACUGCAGGUGCUGUCAUCUACAGGCAAUGAUGUUGAGCCGGGAGCUAACGGACUCGGAGUGAGCAGAGGUGACGCGCUGUCGGAUAACGGCAGCGUUGAUCUCCCGAUCGCACAGGAUGAGGAUCCUCUCGAUCUCGAGAGAUCCUCCACCAGAUCGUCAUCCGUCAACGCUCAUCGCUCCGUCAGAUCGGACAGCCACGAUCAAGACGAUCCACUUUCACCUUCGACGAUACACGGGAGCACGCCACUUUCCCAAAUCGGUGCUCAUUCCUGUGCACCUGUUAACGAUAUUUAUCUCGGCCAAGAUAUCACUGUUACAGGUUCCCCGUCUCCGGGGCCAAGUGAAGACGACGACGACGGUAGCGGUGGUGCACCGGCGACUCAUAGCGGUGGUCACGGGAGCAUCAGAAAAGGAAGACAAAAGCGUGGUGUUCUGCCGAAACAGGCGACCAGCAUAAUGCGAGCAUGGCUCUUUCAUCAUUUAGUCCAUCCCUAUCCGACGGAGGACGAAAAGCGUCAGAUCGCGAGUCAAACAAACUUGACGUUGCUGCAGGUGAACAACUGGUUCAUAAACGCUCGUCGGCGUAUUCUUCAGCCGAUGCUCGACGGUGCAGGUGCAGAGGCGUUGCCGCGAACCGGUAAACGUCACAAGGUAGCGAAGCAAUCGAGCCAGAAUCAACAACAAAAUCAACAGUUACAAGACCAGCAAUUGAGUCAACACCAGUCACACUCGCAGCAGGCAAUUGGUGCAGCAGGCGGUGAUUGGCAAUCCGAGGAUUCAGGUAGCGAGUCAGGCUCCAGCGAUGGCGAUGGAGGUGCCGAAAAGUUUAAGGAUGGUAAUGAAAGCGACGAGGACGAUCUUCACUGACCUUCGUUCUACGUCGCAUACGUUACGCUGACCUCCUCAUGGUACCUUCGAACCCAGUUGCUCAUUACAGUAUUAAGGUAUUCGAGGAUAGAUAUCGCUUUAACUGUCAAAUACGUAAUAACUCAUGCGAUUAUAGGUGAUUUCCUAUACAGGUUUCGUAAUCACUUUAUUUGCUGGAUUUUUUUUCUCGUUUCUUUUUCGGUCACGUCGACCACGAGCCCAUUUUUUACUCUUCCAAUCAUUUCUCACGAAUAAUCUAACGAUGGGUUGUACAAAACAACGCGCGUCGCGUUCGUCAACAAUUUCACAAAAGUCUCUGACGGUUCUUCGACCAACUGGGACUUGAAUUCCAAAAUAAUUUGGAAAAAAAAAAAUUUAUGCAAAUAUGUAUUCCGCAGAGAUUCCAAUUUACUCAUCUUCUGCUACAUUGACGAUAACGUUUUGAUCGGAAUUUUUAAUAAAAGUGACAUAACUCUGUACGAAUAAUCCGAGGAAAAAAUCGACGUUUUCGUACCGGCUAAUUAAUCAGGAAUUAAAUCAUAGCUGCGUUAACUUCGAUCUACGAUCACGAUUGCUCCGAAUAUUUACCGAAUUUCCGUCUACCAGAAAGUCGCACCAUUUUCAUAGCUUAUACAUUCGUUACUAUAUUUUUUCUAUCUAAGUUUCUCAAUUGUCUAAAUAGUUUACCAGCGUUAAAGUAAUGAUCGUUUCAGUCUUACUUCCUCGUCCAACUUCCCGGUGAUUUAUCGUUAUCCGUUACUGUACGUUUGUUCAUUUCGUUUCACCACUUCCAUUGCUCCGUGUAAAAUUGAGUAAGAAUUGCCGUAAUAAACGAAUUAAAAAACAAAGAAGAAAAGCAAAAAAUCAGAGAAAUACACAGACACACAAUAUUUGUGCCAUCGUAGAGCGUGGUAGCUUCCACGCAUAGUCCUUAUUCCAGCUCUGCAUCGUCGCGACGUAGCAAAGUGCUGUCCCUCCAAGAUAAUAACAAUAAUAAUAAUAAUAAUAAUAACAAUGAUAUUAAUAACGAUAUUACUACUUAAAUUAAAGUAUAUAACGAUUAUAUUUUUAAACUCUAAGUGUCGUCUCUGUGCGUGUACCCCGAGCAAGAUUGGAGAUUAAGGUACUGCUGUACAUAUAACAAACUGACGGUUACUAAAUAAUAAAACUGAAUUGAUACGGUUGACGGUUGAAAAUUGAGAGAAAAAAAAUGAAGAAAAUCUAUACGAAAGGUGAACUACUACUAAAUAUAUAUAUAUAUAUAUAUACAUAUAAAUAUAUAUAUUGUAUACUAUAAUCCCCUUUUCCUUGUAAUUCGAAAAUUAUAAACACUAAACGACUGAGGGAGGAAGAAAUGCGAAUAAAAAAGAACUAACUCUACACACACGCACACGCCAUUCUUAAGAAAUAAGUUAUGUAAGGUGUAGUACCGAUGUUCCACUGUCUGCAUACGAUAAUUGCGCUUCCACCUGUACUCGUUCGGGAUCGAUUAAAAAAUGAGGUUGAAAUUGUGCAAUUUAAGUUAAUUUAAACGUCGUUAAGGAAAGAAAAAAAACGAACUUGAUAAGGAGUUUUGUUUAGAGCACGUUUUAAUCGAGUUCCGUCCAGAAUUUGUCGAUUUCUGACAAAUUAGACAAUUUGACUUCCCUCCUUUUAUCGUUACACGUUGUUUUUUUUAAUUUUUUUUUAAUUUUUUUUUUAAAGAAAAUUACUUUGACGUAACUUGAUUCCAGAUAUUUUUAGUUCUAUGAUUGACGACGAUUCAUUAAUUCUGAUCCCGUUCGGAUGAAUUCAUCGAAACUAUAAUCGGUUGGAGACAGCUGCGACAGUGCGGGUUCUCUCGUAAUAAAAAACAUUUUGACAACGAUUGUUUAACACGAAUGCGUUUAAAUCCAAAACGUCUGAAUUAUUUUAAAGACCAAGUUGUAGUUUCUCUUUGUGAGAGUGCGAAGGAGAGGUGCAGAUUGUUGACACGAGCGCACACGUGGAAUCCGAGCCACGAUCUGUACCGUCGUAAUGUAACUACUUUGUGAAAAACUAAAUGAAAAAAAAACGAGCAUAAAAAAAUACUAAAAAGUAAAAAAAAGAAAAAUGGAAAGAGGAUUUUGAACGAACGUUAUAUUCUAAGAGGUAGGGUUUAAGGCUGAACCACGUAUACGUAUGUGCUGCGGCACCAGACGACUGUGAUAGCUCGGUGGGCGGUGCCCAGCCUCCUAAUUCAUACUUGCAUACCGAAAUAACUAUUGAGAAGUACUUGAAUGGCGACCUAGAAAGAUUAGAAGGGUGGCUGCGCCUAACACGAAAAAGAAAUGAAAUAAGGAAAAACGAUGAGGAGAGUAAUGAAGAAGGGGAAAGCCACUCAUCGACUGAGAUCUUACUCUUAUACGUAUCCAUGCACACGUGAACGUAUCGAAUCCAUAUUUCCCUUGGCUUUGAGUCAUAUUUUUGCCCCUGCGGCGUAAACGCUGGAUUGGAAGCAACUGAAUUUUAAACGAAAAUAGAGAAUAAACGAACAAAUGAAUUUUGGAUUUAUCAUUGAUACACGUGUGUACGGACUUCCGAUCAAAAUGUUUGCGUUGAUAUACCAAUGGCGAUAUCACCUUUCUCAUCGGAUUUGUCCAAAUAUUUCGUAAAGAGAAGUAGAAAUGGACCAGAAUGAAUGUUUUUUCUCUUUGUUUUGUAACGUCAAUUCGUUCUUGUCAUCAUUAUUUUGUAUAAUUUAUUAACCCGUGGAUACCCCCUUUACAACGAAUUCUUCCGCAUAAUCGUUAAUCUUGUAGAUCAUUGUUCUUUUCGUCGACUUGUAAAACAGAUUCGUAUUUUGAGAGUUAUUUCUCAUGCGUGUAAUAUUUCGGUCCAUUUCUAAAUUUCGUAAUAAGACAUUUUUUAAAUAAAUAAGCUAAAAACCUAUUACAUACGUUAAUAACAUGCGUUGCGUACUGGAAAAAAACACAUGCGCGAAUAAAUUGAAUACUUUUCUCUCGUGUACAUCUAUGCCCUGUUAAUUAAGUUUAUUGAUAAUAAAUGCCAUCACGCUUGCAAUACA